AUAGAUAUACAUAUAUAGUAUUAACAAAAGAAAAAUGACAGUGGUGCAUAAUUUGGGUGUUGAUGUUAUAAGUUAUCAUGCUUGGAACAAAGAUAGAACAGAAGUAGCAGUAUGUCCAAAUAAUAAUGAAAUUCAAAUCUACAAGCAUUCCUAUUCAGGAUGGAAAUUACUUGAUACGUUACAAGAACACGAUAUGCAUAUCAUGGGUGUUGAUUGGGCACCACGUACUAAUCGCAUUGUUACAUGUUCUGCAGAUAAAAAUGCAUACGUUUGGACACAAGGAAAAGAUGGAAAGUGGAAUCCUGCAUGGGUUUUAUUAAGAAUAAAUCGUGCUGCUACGUGUGUUAAGUGGUCUCCUUUGGAAAAUAAAUUUGCCGUUGGUUCUGGUGGCAGAGUAAUAGCUGUUUGUUACUUCGUAUCAGAAAAUAAUUGGUGGCUAUGUAAACACAUAAAGCGUCCUUUAAGAUCAACGGUGACAACAGUUGACUGGCAUCCAGAUAAUAAAGUUUUGGUUGCUGGAUCAACGGAUUACAAAGUUAGAGUAUUCAGUGCAUUUAUUAGUGAUAUGGAAGAUGCACCAGGAACAUGCGCAUGGGGAACAAGUAAUACCCUAGGCACAUUAUUAGCUGAAUUCCCUAAUACAAAUAAUGGAGGUGGUUGGAUACAUUCGGUUGCAUUUAGCCAAUGUGGCAAUAAAAUUUGCUGGGUUGCACAUAAUUCAUCAAUAUGCGUUGCAGACGCUUCAAAAGGCAAUGUAGUUUAUAGGCUUUAUACCGAACAUUUACCAUUUUUAAGCUGCAUUUGGGUCGGUCCCAAUUCCAUUGUGGCAACGGGACACAGUUGUAUGCCAAUGUUAUAUUCCAUUGAUGACAAUGGACAGAUUUACUUUGUAUCGAAAUUAGAUAACAUGCAGAAAAAGGAAACUGCUGGAUUGUCUGCCAUGAGAAAAUUUCAAUCGUUAGAUCGUCAAGCAAGAAAUGAUUCUAACGACAAUGCAUUAGAUAGCAUUCAUCAAAACACAAUUAACUGUAUUCGUCUUAUGUCGGAUAAUGAAUUUAGUACAAGUAGCCUAGAUGGCCAAUUGGUCAUUUGGGAUUUAAAGUCUCUGGAAAAUUCUAUUGCUGGACUGAAGAUAGUUUAAGGAAUCCUUUUUUUUUUUGUUUUUUUUUUUUUUUUUUUACAAAACCAAGGUUAAAGUUCUAUGAAAAUUGAAGAGUGUAUAAUAUUGAAAUAAAACUUACAUUAAUCCUGC